AUGAGCGUAUAUCCUUCCAAAGGAAUCACAUUUGUCCGAAAUGACGCCCGGGCUUUCCGCUUCUGUCGAAGCAAGUGCGAGAAGAACUUCAAAAUGAAACGCCAGCCCAGAAAGGUGAAAUGGACCAAGACUCACCGUGCCCUCCGCGGCAAGGAAAUGAUCGUCGACUCCUCGCUCCUUCUGUCUCAAUUCGCUCAAAAGCGCAACGUUCCCGUCAAAUACGACCGCAACCUGGUCGCCGCCACCAUCAAGGCGAUGGAAAGAGUCGAAGAGAUCCGCCAACGCCGCGAGCGCGUAUUCACAAAGAAGAGAUUGGCUGGCAAAUUGGCGCGCGAACGUCAACGCGAGGAAGAUCGCAGAGUGGUUGCACAGGGAGAGCACCUUAUCCGCAAGGAAUUGCGGGAAAUGCAGGAACAGAACGUGCCGUUGGGUGCUACAUCAGCGGAGAAAGAGAAGGCUGUUGGUACGGUGUUUGGAGAGGAGAGACCAAGACAGAAGAAGAAGGCCAGAGUGUUGGUGGAUGGAGGCGUGGAGGAGGAGAUGGACGUGGACUGA